AUGACGCAUGGCUCUGGUAGGUACAGUUCCUUCCCUCAGUUCCUUCCCUCAGUUCCUUCCCUCAGUUCCUUCCCUCAGUUCCUUCCCUCAGUUCCCUCCCUCAGUUCCUUCCCUCAGUUCCUUCCCUCAGUUCCUUCCCUCAGUUCCUUCCCUCAGUUCCCUCCCUCAGUUCCCUCCCUCAGUUCAUUCCCUCAGUUCCUUCCCUCAGUUCCUUCCCUCAGUUCCUUCCCUCAGUUCCUUCCCUCAGUUCCCUCCCUCAGUUCCCUCCCUCAGUUCCUUCCCUCAGUUCCUUCCCUCAGUUCCUUCCCUCAGUUCCUUCCCUCAGUUCCUUCCCUCAGUUCCUUCCCUCGGUUCCUUCCCUCCGUUCCUUCCCUCAGUUCCCUCCCUCAGUUCCCUCCCUCAGUUCCUUCCCUCAGUUCCUUCCCUCAGUUCCUUCCCUCAGUUCCUUCCCUCAGUUCCUUCCCUCAGUUCCUUCCCACAGUUCCUUCCCUCAGUUCCUUCCCUCAGUUCCCUCCCUCAGUUCCUUCCCUCAGUUCUUUCCCUCAGUUCCUUCCCUCAGUUCCUUCCCUCAGUUCCUUCCCUCAGUUCCUUCCCUCAGUUUCCUCCCUCAGUUCCCUCCCUCAGUUCCUUCCCUCAGUUCCUUCCCUCAGUUCCCUCCCUCAGUUCCCUCCCUCAGUUCCUUCCCUCAGUUCCUUCCUUCAGUUCCUUCCCUCAGUUCCUUCCCUCAGUUCCCUCCCUCAGUUCCCUCCCUCAGUUCCCUCCCUCAGUUCCCUCCCUCAGUUCCUUCCCUCAGUUCCUUCCCUCAGUUCCUUCCCUCAGUUCCCUCCCUCAGUUCCCUCCCUCAGUUCCUUCCCUCAGCUCCUUCCCUCAGUUCCUUCCCUCAGUUCCCUCCCUCAGUUCCCUCCCUCAGUUCCCUCCCUCAGUUCCUUCCCUCAGUUCCUUCCCUCAGUUCCCUCCCUCAGUUCCCUCCCUCAGUUCCCUCCCUCAGUUCCUUCCCUCAGUUCCUUCCCUCAGUUCCUUCCCUCAGUUCCCUCCCUCAGUUCCCUCCCUCAGUUCCCUCCCUCAGUUCCCUCCCUCAGUUCCUUCCCUCAGUUCCUUCCCUCUGUUCCUUCCCUCGGUUUUUUUCUCGCCCCCCUUUUUAUCCCCCAUCUGUCUCCUCUGAUUCCUCCCUCUCUUUCCUCCCUCUGUCGCCUCUCACUCUGUUUUCCUCCCUCUGUAUCCUCCCCCUAUAUCCUCUAUCUCUGUUUUCCUACCUCUGUAUCCUCCCUCUUUAUCCUCUCUCCCUUCCUUCCUCUGUAUCUUCCCUCUGGUACCUCUCCCUCUGGUUUCCUACCUCUGUACCCUCUGUCGUCUCUCUCCGUUUCCUCCCUAAGAAUCCUCCUUCUUGCACCUCUCUCUCUGUUUUCCUGCCUUUGUCUCCUUCUGUCGUCCCUCACUGUUUUUCUCCCUCUGUCACCUCUUUCUGUCCCAUGA